AUGUUCUCCAUGGUACUUCCAGAACUGAUGCCUCACGACUCCCACGCCCUGUGGUACUCGUCGUCCCGCGCCCCAAUCCCAUCCUCAUUUCUCGACCCAGCUCAGAAUCCCAACGGUCACCUGACCAAUGAGGGUCUCCAAGAUGGGAAUUCGGGCUUGCAAAACCGCCGCCAGGGCGCCGCUGCAGUCGAGCGUAGCGCAUUGGCCCGGCUGCGGGCGGAUGAAGCCCUGCAGGAACGGAGGAGACAUAACGUGGGUAACUUUGGCGCAACAUGGCUCAAGCCGCCAGGCAUAACCAAGUCGCUCUACCAGCUGCGUGAGGAGCGGCGCGAGGCCGAAGAGCACGCCGAGGCGAUGCGGCGUGAGCAGCUUGCGCAGCAACUCGCUGAGGCUGAGGCCGAUGGGGAGGGCCUGGUGGAGGGUGAGGGCGAUGUCAUGGACGAGGCCGAGGACGGCGCUGAGGAUGCUGGCGAGGCACCGGUCGAGAGGGACUUGGACGACGAGAUCCCGGAUGCGGAUGAGGGCUUUGGCUACGAUGGGGCCACUACGACGAGCGAAGAAGACGACGGCGAGAACAGUGAUGACACGGACAGCGAAGGAUCAAGCCCCGGCCGGGUCAGCAUUGGUGGCGCGGUCCAAAGAACAUCAGAUGCUCAUGCAACCGCACAGCAGAGGAGGGAGCUACGUCAAGUUGUUGCCACGGAGGAUCGAUUCCUUGGGAUGAUGUCGCGUGGCCAGGCGGCAAACAAUCAGGAAGACGACAUGUACCCCGGCGCGGAUGACGAAGUUGACGAUGAGGAAGCUGCCGAGAUGCUACAGGAAGACGACCUGAUCCAUGCUUCCUACGACAACGGCGGUCUGGACGAUGGUCUGGACAUGGACAUGGACGGCGAUCUUGACGACGAGAUCCCCGAGGCAGAGAGCGGUGGUUAUGAGCACACCGACAGCGACGCCUCGUUAACUAGCAGUGAUGAGGACGAGGACGGUCCGGCUGAAACCAGCUUUGCGCAAGGCCACCCGUCCGCGUCAUCACAGUUCAGGAGCGUCAACUUAAGAGGCCAGGGGCAGUAUGGGAACCCCAGAGCCAGUUUGGACUUGAGUAGUGUUCUUUCUCGCGAUGGAAGCAGUCUGCCUGGCAGCAGCAGUCCCCAAGUCCGGAGGCUACCUUGA